CAAAUGCACGAGCUGCGUCCGAGCGAGCAGCCAUAAUUGGGAUUAUUCGGGAAUAAUUCGCUCAAAUCCAGCGGCCUCCUCCUUCUUCUCCUUCUUCUUCUUCUUGCGUUCUUUAUUUUUCCUCCCUCGACGGUUUUCGUCAUUUCGACGUCGCCGGCCGGGGCCGUGAAUCUGUUUGAUUUCGACGGCGUCAUGGAGGGGGUUCUUUUUUAUUCAUAUCGGACUCUUCUUCCCUGCAUGCAGCCGUCCACCUUCGCUGGACAGCAAAACAAAGGCUGCAUUUGAACCGUCUCCCCCCCCCCCCCCCUUCCCCCCUCCCCACUGAAAGAUGGAGAAAGAGAUUUAUGGAGGCGCUCGUGUGUAUGGACUGAUUGUUCCGGUGCCAGUCGCCCAAAUCAACGUCAAACCCGCUCAUAGGGGCCGCGCGGCCGUAUUCCGCCGUCUGUAGGUGGCUUUAUUUUUUUAUUUGAUUUUAUUUUUAUUAUUAUAAGCGUUGAAAAUCUGACAUCAUUUGGAUAAAUGAACGCAACAAGAUUCCCCCCCCCCCCCCACCCUCUUCUCUCUCCCCACCCACCCUCCCCGUUCGUCCUCUGGAGAGCCACCUUCGACGUGAUGCCGCACCGACUCUGUUUACACGGCUGACGCUCCAAACGAAACGCGUGGAUAUAUGUCUGUUUUCUGGCGAGGGUUAUUUUUUGUCUUCUUCCUGUUCUUCGUGUUCCCGUCGCUCCUAAAUGAGGGCAGCAUCUUCAUCAUCUUGUGGCUGUCUGAUCAGAUGCUGAGUCUCUGGUGGGGGUAGGCUGGUGAUGGUGGUGGUGGUGGGGGGGGGGUGGGUGGGAGUUGGGAUCAUAUGUUCCCCGAUUCUCCCUUUGGAUGGAUUUAUGCAUAACAGGUGUUGUGCACAACAUGAGCAUGAAGCUUCAUUGUGUGCUCUUCUUCUUUUUCUCUCCGUGCAAGCGACGGUGAGACAAAGCGACGGCCUCUUCCCCCCCCUUUUUUUGUUUUUUUUUUGUUUUUGUUGUUUUGCAAAAGGAUGAAAUGAAAGGUGGCGAGCUUGUGGACAAAAGAGGAGAGAUGACAUGUAGAAAAGGCCUCUCGUUGUAAAGCAGACGACGGCUGUAAGAGGAUCAGUGGAGCUUAUAGGCAGGCAGGCAGGCACGCCCGUGCGCAGGCAGGAGGCCGAUAGAAUGGCCAACCAGAGCUUCGCCAUGGACGGGCCCGGCAGCUUGCUGGCGGUGCUGGCCUCGCAGAGCGGCCUGGCCCGAGGAGGCAGCAGCAGCAGCAACAGCGGCGCCAGCGGAGGAAUCUCGGCCUCAGACGUGUCGGCGUACUUCAAGCUGAUCUUCUUGGGCUUGAUCAUCUGCGUCAGCCUGGCGGGCAACCUCUUGGUCUCCCUGCUGGUUUUACGAGACCGGACGCUUCACAAGGCGCCGUACUUCUUCCUGCUGGAUCUGUGCCUGGCCGACGCGGUGCGCUCGGCCGCCUGCUUUCCGUUCGUACUGGUGUCGGUGCAUAACAGCUCGGCGUGGACUUACAGCGCCUUGAGCUGCAAAGUGGUGGCGUUCAUGGCCGUGCUCUUUUGUUUCCACGCUGCCUUCAUGCUCUUCUGCGUGGCCGUCACCCGCUACCUUGCCAUUGCCCACCACAGGUUCUACGCCAAGCGCAUGACCAUCUGGACCUGCGCCGCCAUCAUUUGCAUGGUUUGGACUUUGGCGGUGGCCAUGGCCUUCCCGCCCGUCUUCGACGUGGGGACGUACAAGUUCAUCCGGGACGAGGAUCAGUGCAUUUUUGAACACCGCUACCUGAAGACCAACGACACCCUGGGCUUCAUGCUCAUGCUGGCUGUGGUGGUCCUGGCCACGCACGGCUUCUAUGCCAAACUGCUGCUGUUCGAGUACAGGCACCGCAAGAUGAAACCGGUCCAGCUGGUGCCGGCCAUCAGCCAGAACUGGACCUUCCACGGUCCCGGCGCCACCGGUCAGGCGGCGGCGAACUGGAUCGCGGGGUUCGGCCGAGGCCCCAUGCCGCCCACUUUGCUGGGAAUCAGGCAAAAUCUACACAAUCAACACCGGCGGCUGCUGGGGAUGGACGAGGUGAGGUCCGAGAGGAGGCUGGGCCGCAUGUUCUACACCAUCACCCUGCUCUUCCUGGUCCUGUGGGCUCCCUACAUCGUGGCGUGCUUCUGGAGGGUGUUCGUCAAGUCAUGCAGCAUGCCUCAGAAGUACCUCUCCGUCACCGUGUGGAUGAGCUUCGCCCAGGCUGGAGUCAACCCCAUCUUCUGUCUCCUGCUCAACGAGGAUCUGAGAAAAGUGCUGCGAGCCCACCUGCCCACCUACUGGAGGACUAAACAACACCUGCCCCAGGAUGAGGCCUACUGCAUCAUGUGAGGAGGGGUCCUCACCAGAAGAAUGUGCUUUGGAGCCAGCCAGCGCAGGCACGGUGCCAUUUCAAAAAGAAUGUCGAUAUUUGUGCCAGAGGUUUGGACAGGGUGCAAGAAACCCACUCACCCAUACUUGAAUUGUUUGUAUUCCUCAUGAUGGAUUAAUAGGUAAGCUCAGCCUGGAAAAUUAGACAGAUGCCAUUUUUAAUAUCAUGUUGCCUUAUUUCAGAGUGACACACAUCAGUGUCUGUGUCACACAAGGCACAAAACUGAGCAUUAGAAUCGCAGGAUAAAAUGUUUUGAUCGGAACGCUACAGACUUGAAAGACAUCACAAAGAAUUUGACGAGUUGAAGGGAUGAAGCAACCAUGCGGGACUCCUUUCCGUGCUAAUUGAAGGUGACAAUUUGGAUACUGUAGGGACUGUUUAAACAGCAGUUAUGAACCCUAACAUGCUUGAGUUCUUUUGGACUUCAUUUAGGGUGCAUUACAUUUCUUUGUAUCAUAGGGAAAAAAUGCCUGUUUUCCUUUAUUUGUAAACAAUACAUGUUAAGCAGAUGACACUAUUUUGAAAUAUGACUUGAUUUCAUAUUGUAUAGACUGUACAGGAAUGUAAAUUCCUGCUUGUGUGUUUUUAUAUUGCAUUUGUGUGUAGGUGUGCAAGGGUAAACCUGCUCUGAUAUUGCCAUCUUGGUGCCCCUACCGUGUCAUACUUAAGCCUGGUACACACAUGAGAAUUUUUGAAAUCUUAAUAGAUUGUUUAUCUGUUACGGACCCCACACAUCAAGAUUAAAAAAAAAAAGAACAACAACAAAAAAAUCGGGCAUUUAACAGUUUUGAUUGUACUGCAUGUGGUGUGUGUCGAUAAUCUCAACACAGUACACCACAAACACAAAGAUUCUGUUCCACCAAUGAUCUAGAAUCUAGUCCUCCAAGACAGAAAUUGAGCGUGAUCUAACAAAAAGGACGAAGGAGAAGAAACAUAGAAUGACGGUGGUCUGGGACUAUUUUUUAUGGGAAAAUCCCAAACUAAAAAAAUAAAUAAAAAAAAUAAAAAAUCCCGGAGUGCGUGAAAGCAGCCUUUAUAAUAUACUGAGCGAGCUAGAGGUUGUCUUUCAAAUUAAGAUAAUGGCUGGAGGCAUUAUCCGAGUAAUACGGGUAGGUAGGGCUGGGCGAUUAACCGAAAAUUAAUCAUGAUUUCCAUUUUUGCUUCUCGCAAUAAUCAAAACAUUCGAAGAGAAGAACAAGGAUUGCGCCUGAAUGACGCGGCGUGUGUACGCAAAUUCGUGCGUUGUGAAAGCACCCUGUGUUGCUUGUCAUUCUGCCCCCUUUUAUUGACACCCGACUUGAAGUGUGUUGUAAAGCUAAACACACAACAAAAAGAAUUACACCACAUUGUCUACUUAAAUACAAGACAUAGUUCGUUUUACAAAGAUUGUCAACUUAAUGCUCGAACUCAAUGGAAAACCCCAUUUACCGGCUAGCAAGAAUUAGCAUUGGACAACACAGGAGGGAUUAAACCUUCAAAUAAUGAAUAUUCGCACACAAACACUGUAGUAACACAUACAAACAGGUAAGAUAACAAUACUCACAGGUAUAUAUGAUAAAAUUUGCUGAUCUCGUCUUCUAGUCUUUUUAUCUUAAUAUACAGUAACUGCAUCUCCAUGUGUGCCCCUGAGAGGCAAAGGCACAAUCCGCAGGAACAGCAGGUAUUUAUUUUUCUGUUUUGUUUUUUUAUUGUUAUUAUUUUAAAAUAUUAUUGUUUUACCUUGUUACUUAAGUUAUCUAUGACGCUGAGGUUUGGUAGCUGAUUAAAUACCCAAUUUAAAAAUCAAUGCAUAAUCGUGUUUAUAAAUCAGUUCAAUAUCAAUCUAAAUAGUGAUUUAUUCCCCCCCCCUUCCCUCCCCACCAUUAAUCGCCCAACCCUACAGAUAGGACAUGGUCGUUUUUAUUACCGUCCGUUUCCUUGUUCCUUCGUCAGGUCACUUCUUGAUUCAGAGAGUCAAAACUUGGGAGAAGUCGACUUUCCCUACACACACCAAGAUUUUUGGUCGUCGUUGGCCCGACCCGUUUCUGACCCUUUUCUCGGGACAGAUUCACUCUUAACACACCUCAGACCACAGGAUAUUCUUAUAUAACAUAUGAUAGUUUGGUGUUUGUCAUCCUUGGUCCGGAAGGAGAGAAAAAUCGGGACAAAAACAGCCUGGUUGUCUUUAUGUAUAUCAGGCCUUACACUAACACCUACAUGGGCAAAUCAGUCAGAAAAAUAUGAGCUGGCUAAAUGAUGUUUUUUUAAAAAAAUAAUAAUAAUAAAAACAAAUUUAAAAAUCCAACAGGAAAUGUAAUAGUGUGGCUCGCAUAUGAAACAAGAUUCUUCAAAUGGAUUCCAAAACCAUGAAGGGCAUCUGAUUUUUAACAUUAAAUGCAAAACAUAUGUGAAUCGUAAGAAUAGAGGAAGAGACCAGUAUGAAAUAGUUCAUGGUUAUGUACAUUGUAUCAAAAAAUAUACAAAUAUUUGCAGAUCUGUGAUGAUGGGGAAUGUUUUAAAGUAACGCUAUGCUCUUACCAUGUUAUCCUGAAUUACAAAGCGCAGUGGAAGUCGUUGUGGGAAAGAAUACUGAAUGUUGACAGGCCUGCUCAUGUUUUCCCUCCCAUUUGAAUGUCUGGAUCAAAGUCUCCAAGAUGGAAAACCCGCUGCAUCGAGUCAAGUUGUCGAGUCUCCAAAUUAAGAUUGGUGCCACGCAAAUAUCUGGCCUGCAGUACAUUAGUCAUAGAUACAUGUGUGCAGUAAAUCUUGAAUGUGGCCACUUGCACUGCGUUAGCAUGUAUUCCACGACAUU